AUGUCACCAAAGUCAGUAGACAGUCGUUACUUGCUGGUCGACUGGGCGACUACCGAGUACAGGGACCAGCUGUCGCUGCUCCUCCUCCUUCUGACAACGGUCUCCAUCAAAAUAGUCCAUUCACAGUUUCUGGCAAGCCGAUUUCUCAACCUCCUCCCUGAGUCACUGUUGCUCAUCUGCAGUGGAGCAAUCAUUGGUGCACUGAUGACCUACGUCCUUCCGGAAAACCUAGACGGCGGUCUGUGGAGGAUAACCCCGCGCUCGUUCUUCCACUACCUCCUUCCAAUCACCGUGCUUGACGCCGCAUAUCACCUCUACAACCGGGCGUUUGCCGACACGAUAGUUGCUGUCGUCGUGUACGCUGUCUUCGCAACCGUCCUUAACAUGAUCCUAAUCGGCGUCUGUCUGAUUGCUCUCGAGAAGGGCGGCUUGUUUGUUGGAAAAGGCGUGGUUUUUGGUAAUCAACUUCUGUUUCUUUACGCCUCAUUUAUCGUAGCAGUGGACCCUGUCGCGGUGUUGACAAUAUUUCACGAGAUUGGAGUCGACCCUAGCCUCUACUACCUGGCACUUGGUGAAUCCCUCUUCAACGAUGGGGUCACUCUGGUCCUCUACAAGAUCGUCAAGGGUUUUCUUGGGGUGAAAGAGGUGACGCUGAAGGGCAUAGUUGCAGGCAUUGGCGCCUUCCUCACGAUCAGUUUUGGAGCAAUUCUCGUGGGCCUGUCGUUGGGAAUAAUUGCCUGUCUGGUGACGAGGUGUCGAUCGCAAUUCGAGGUCGCCUUUCUACUGGGCAUCGCUUACGCGUCCUACAUUGUCGCAGAUGUACUUGGGUGGUCUGGUCUGGUUGCUCUGAUCACCUGUGCAAUGCUCCAGGCUGCUUACGCCUUCCACAAUCUGGAAGAGAGCGAUCUAGGUGCCUUGCGAUGCAUCACCAGGCAGCUAAGUGAGCUCUGCGAAGGCAUAAUUUUUCUCUUGAUCGGGAUCAAGUUCGUGGAGAAACAACUCAAUUGGCACUUUCCAUUCAGUCUCUGGUCUCUCCUUGCAUGCCUUGUAGUUCGAGCUCUUGUUGUCUUCCUGUUGACCUUCGGCUUGAAUAAAUUCUUCCUCGAUUUCUCCACCAUAACCUUCACGGACCAGUUCAUCUUGGCCUACGGUGGCCUGCGGGGGGCGGUUGCGCUGUCCCUGGCAAUCAUGGUUGACAGGAAGAAGGUGGGUCAGAAGGUGUACGACAUCUUCGUCACCUCAACCCUCUUUACAAUCCUCUUUACUGUGGGCGUAAUGGGUCCUACGAUGCGUCCACUCGUGAAGGUGCUCCACGUGAAGCUCGCCCAGAACAAGACCAUCAGCCUUGUCCGCGAGCUCAACGACAGGAUGAUCGACGAGAUCACAGCCGGUGUGGAAGCCAUCACGGGGAGGUACGGAAGGAAUUCCCUCCGAGCCUGCUUCGUUCGGCUCGAUGAGGACUACAUUCGGGGAUUUCUGCAGCGCGAUCCGUUCACUUACAACGCGGGUAUAGUUAGGGUCUACGAGGAGAUGGCACUAGUCCUGCACCACGCCUCCCUCCAAUCCCCGCAGAGAGCCGCAACAAUCAUGCGGAACCUUCCAUUGACCAUCCAGACACGUCAGUUCCAGGUGAUGGACAAGGAACACCGCGCAAGUAGGCUGGAAAUGCGACGAGUGAGGCGUUUGUCGGCGAGUUACUCUCUCACUGGCGGUCUCCGUCGACGCAGGAACGCCAGAUUUUACUACGAGGAGACCCCUGACGGAGUGGCAUCGCAUCGGUACGGACGGUUUCGUCGAUUCAGCUUCUUCUACGAGUUGCCUCGCUUUCUUGCGGCGAAAAAGGCCCUUGUGCUGAAGAUGUCCUCGCAAGCUGAGGAGACGUCUGCGUCCGGCGUGACGCUUACUUCCAAUGCUUCCGAGAUUCGAUCGGAGAAGGAGGAGGAGGAGGGGAAUAAAGAAAAAAAUCAACUUACCAGAAACAUCAGCGAGGAGGAUCAGAGGUAG